AUGGGCAAGCCAACUAAGAGAUCAGCAAAUCUUCAACGAAAAGGCCUGACAGCAGACGCUUUGCUAGCCCAGUCGUACAAGCAAUACCUUCUUUGCUACAGCCAGGAUCACCUGUACCUGAUGUCCACCAACUUAAGCAAUUCUUACAUUGGUGGGCUGGGAGUUCUGAAGGACGAAUCCAAACAUAAAGUUCAAUCAGUUAUUCUCCAAGUAACAGGAAAUCGCGUACCUACUCAAGUCAACACAGAUGUACUCGCAUGGAUACGAACAAACCUCACUCAAGAACUUAGUUUGACGACAGAGAGAGUGAAAAAAGGUUUAUGUGACUUGGUUGUAUUCACAAAUCUCAUGAAACAGCUUUGGUGUCACGACGCUGACGAAUUUGAGUGGGAACGCGAACGUGUGCAGACAGCCUUUCUACUACAGAUACAUAUGUUCACGGGAGGCCGGCCUGGCGCGUUUGUCCCUACGGGAUACUACCCUGACAUCCAUCUAAAGUACGAGGAUGUCGAGUUUUUACUCAUCCGCGUAAAAGAUGGACAGGAAAAAUUUGGCCUAGUACUACGACAAGGAUGGAGAAAAGGAGAGAAACAAAUGCUAGAUGCAAAGUUACGUACCCUCUGGACGGAGGACGAGAGCAUGAUCUACUGCCCCGUUACGUCUUUUCUUGCAUUGGCGCUUGCAGAUGAUGCAUUCGUUUCAAUAAAAAGCCGAUCUGAUCUUGACAAUGUGAAGCUGGACGGUGGCGAAGACGUACGAGUCUUUCCAUUUAAAGCUGAGAUGCACGGAAAACCCUUCUUGUUAACGCGACGCGGAGGCACCAUGCCAUAUUCGAGUUGGUGGUACAAACUCAAGUCCCUUAGCCAGAGAGCAGGGUAUAUGGAAUAUAUCCGUCCCUACGAUAUAAGAAGGGGUACUGCGAACAAGCUUGAUGAAUCAUCCAGCGUAUCGACCAAUUCAAGAAACCAGCUUUUGGGUCACUCAAGUGAUGCUAUAUAUCAGCAAUAUUACCAGUCUGAUAUUUCGGCUGUGGAUAUAAAAGGCAUUGUUUUACGCGGUAAAGCGGACGCAGGUUUUGAUGUUCAAACACUGCGCCGCAACCGCAGGCUUAAAAGAUUACCCUCACGCCUACCAUCACGGGAGCACCAAGAGUUCCUUGCCAACUGGAGACGUUUGACAUGGGAGGGCGAGGCCAGCAAAGACGUCUGUGGCAAGCGGGCACGAAAGCAGGCUUGGAAGGCAUUACAAAAAUCGUGGACAGAGACUUAUGUCACCGUCACCGCGCCAGAGCCCCCAAUGCAAAGCAAAAUCCCCCAAUCUGUUGAGCGUUUUGGCAAAUUGGAUGAUCCUACAACAUUAAACGCUAUCAUGAUGCAAUACGACCCCCAUCGGAAACUUAUCAAAGAAGCUGCACUGCCUGCCGAGUACAGUUUGCGAGCGUCCCCGAUAUUGGAUAGCCUUUCGUGCUUAGCUAGUCAAAACUACGAACAUCCAGCAGCCUGGUAUCCAGGUACCGAACCACGUCGACUCACAGAUAAGAGAACGGAAUGUCGAUUCUGCAGGAAAGAUCUUACUACGUAA